CGUGCACAAUUCGCACCCCUGCUGUUGUUUGAUCGGCGCGCCUUGCUGCCCCCACGCAACACGUGGUAUGACAUGGAACGAGAGGCUGACAUACAUAUACCUUCCAAGGGCGCCCGCGAACGAGCCGAGUCGCUCGAUGCUACCUCAGCCAAUGUCAGCCCUCGACUACAGCCUUUGCUCGGCAAUUCUCGUCGGAGAGCCAGCGACCCUGCCGCUCCAGCCUCCCCGCCGCCGGAGGUCGACAUCAACGGACAUGGCGUCGUGACCACACAGCCGGAGCGGCAGCGGAGUCUGAAUUAUCAGAGCACAGCCGAGAUAAGCCCUGUGGCGCGCCGACGGCCAACCCAGAGCAGCAGAUCGUCGGGCCAGCAGCUGGGGCAGACGCCCACGCGGACGCAGGGGCUCGGCGGGGAGAGCGAGUCGAGGGGCCGGCAGCGGAGACAGCAGGAUGUGCCGCGGUGGAAGCGCACGUUACGUUACUUCCAAAGCAUCGAGCUGGAGAACAAGGGCAGCGUCGCGCGCGACCACCUAGCUCUAGAACGAACGUUCCUCGCAUGGCUCCGAACAUCACUAGCAUUUGCCUCGAUUGGUAUUGCCGUCACGCAGCUGUUCCGGCUUAACACGUCGCUCGCGCAGGACUCCAAACAGGCGGAUAACCUGCGGCACCUCGGCAAGCCCCUCGGGACAACCUUCCUGGCCGUCAGCAUCUUAAUACUGCUUCUGGGCUACAACAGGUACCUCCAGGGGCAGCACUGGGUCAUUCGGGGCAAGUUCCCCGCCAGCCGGGGGACUAUCAUGAUCGUGUCGUUGAUAGCGUUUACGGUGACGCUGGCGUCAUUGAUCGUCAUACUUGCUGUGCAAGGGUGAUCCGAUAUGAGCGCUGUGUUGUCAAGUCAACUUAUGGGAGGUUGGAACUGCCAGAUAUGCCGAGUUUGCCUUGGCUGUAUAGAUAGGUACCUGUACGGAGGACAUAUGCAUACCGGGCGUGUUGGGCUGAGAUGAAUCAUGUAUAAAAAGAGUGAAGGAAACACGAAUGAUCCGUACAACUUAGGGGAGA